AUAAAGAAAUUUAAGCGUAAACUAUUCGUACACGAAGAGCAAAAAUAUUGAUAUUAUUUUAGUGUAAAUGAUUAGAAUUUUUCUAUUAAGGAUAGCGAUUGAGAUGAAUUACUUUUGGCUGAUUACUUUCGCAGUUGCAAUGAUUGCCUGGAGAGAGGAUGGCUAUUCAGCGGUGGCACAGGACGGUGAAAAUCAGGCACCAGUUGCCACGGACCAGCCAAAAGUUGUCACAGACCAACCAAAAACUGCCACAGGACAGCCACAAACUGCCACCGACCAGCCACAAACUGGCACAGGACGGUCUGCAACAGGAGAAGACUGCGCAACAAGAAAAUCCAUUGUAUUUGCCGAGACCGUUGAUAGUGACGAGGCAUCUUCAAUCGAAUUCGUAAGCCCCCUGCCCGCUAAACUAAAUUCGGCACCUUUUCUAGUUGCUAUAAGGCAUACGGGUGGUUUUUGUGAAGGCGCGAUUAUUGCCACAAAUUGGAUUGUAAGCACAGCUUACUGCUUGAAGGAUGAUAAGUGCGAAAUUUUCGCUGGCUUACACUGGCUGCAAAAAGAGCAAUAUGCGCAAAUCCGAAACACGUCUAUGGUAAUAAGACAUAACAACUAUCAGGAAGAAUAUCCGAAUGGUCCUCAUAACAUUGCUCUAGCUCAUGUGGAGAAACCCUUCCAAUUUACAACAUCGGUUUACAAGAUAUCUUUAACACGACAUAAGCACGGAGAAGGUGAAAUUUUCACUUGGGGCUACGCAGGCGAUUGGGACAUAGGAUUAACAACACUUAACGUCAAAAUAAUCAGUAAAAAGAUAUGUGAGCCAUUUUGGAAAGAUAAACUAAGUGAAGAUCAAAUUUGCACUUAUAAUAACGUAAGCUUUGAUUCCACCUGUGGUGGUAAUGCUGGUAGUCCCUUAAUAUUUCGCAAUCCCUACGAACCAGAGUUACUUGGUCUCUUAAGUUUUUCUGAAAAAAAUUGUGGCGAAAACCUAUUACCAAUCGUUUAUACUUCCAUAAAGCACGAGGGAAACAGUAAAUGGAUUCAUGAAAUCAUGAGAGCGCACGGCUAACCAACCUAUUAAAAAUUCUUUUCUAACGUAUUGACGUCUCGCUAUUGCUUAACAUAACCUACGAUUGAACCUAUAAAAAAAAAAUAAAAA